CGGGACGGACUGUGGUCGGGGCGUAACGCCAAAGAUGAUUCCGGCUGCCACGACUUGGGGUCCCGGAUCAAGCGGUAUGUGGCCCAUGUACCGGGGUACUUUCUGUACAUACUGUCCGUACUUGCAGGAUCCCGUAGUAUGGCACUUGCACCCCCUUGGUGGUCCCAGGCUCUGCCUCGUCUGCCGCAUGCCCAGUUGCAGCAUGUCAUAUGUAUCAUAGCAUGCCAUGGCAUACUCCUUCUCAACCCACCGGUCUCGAGCGCUCGCCAGUAACCGAAAAAACAAGAGUGACCAGUGACCAGUGACCAUUCCUGGAUGAUCAGCUGUUGUUGGCGAACCUAAUUUCACACAGCCGGGCCCGCUCCCGGUGGUUGCCGUUCGUGCCUCCCUCCUCGCCUCCUCACGAUACCCGGCCAUACACUUCACCCCACCGCUCACUUCACAAAUAAGCCCCUCCUGGUGCCCACACUCUAAUCUUUGACGCCUUCCGACCCCGUGGUUUGUCAUUUAUAAAUAUAUACAGACGCAUUCCCUGAUAGACAUCAGCCGCACCAGCGACAACAUCAUACACAGCAUCUGUCGACCCGGUUUUCGUACUCGUCCCACCUCGCCUGCACACUAUCACUCACUCACCCUCUCCAAGCAUGGGAAGUCUGUUCAUCGACGAUAGCCUCCACCACACGGCGGUUCUGGGCCACAUAUCACAACCGACUCCUCAUGAUCCCUACCGAUACCAGCACGGCUUUGGCAACCACCAUGCGUCAGAAGCCUUUGCCGGCGCCCUGCCAAGGAACGGCACCAACCUGCCGCAAAAGCACCCGUAUGGCCUCUACGCCGAGCAUCUGAACGGCACCUCCUUUGUGUCGUCACGCGAGUCUGUACUGAAUUCGUGGAUGUACCGAGUCAGGCCCUCUGUGGCUCAUCGCCCACUGCGACCUUGCAAGAUCUCCGCCGAGGUCGAGUCGUGCUUCCUGCCCCUAAACCCAAACGUCGACUUCACACCACUCACCCACACAUGGGGUCCUCUCCGGGGGCCCGUCCCGGCCGACGGCACCAGCAGAUGCCCUCAGACGCCAGUGACCUUUGUUGAGAGCCUCCGCACCCUCGGCGGUCAUGGCGACCCUACGCUCAAGGAAGGUCUCGCCGUGCACACCUAUGCCUUUGACGCGGACAUGAACCGGCAGGCUUUCGUCAACAACGACGGCGAAUUCCUUAUUGUCCCCACCCGUGGCGUUCUCGACAUCCAGACGGAGCUCGGACACCUCCGCGUCCCACCCGGCUCCAUAGCCGUCGUCCCACCCGGGUUCCGCUUCUCCGUCAAUAUUGCGAGCUUCCCCGAAUCGGCCGGCGCAUCCGGCUACAUCCUUGAGGCUUUCGGGGCCCACUUCAAGCUGCCUGAGAUGGGGCCACUCGGCGCGAACGGACUUGCUCACGUCCGGGACUUCCAGUACCCCGUGGCCAGCUUUGAUGUGGACUUUGACCCGCUCCCACUGACCCCCAUCGACAGCCAGGCUUUCCUCAGGGGGGCUUCCCCGUCGGACUGGCGCAUCAUCACCAAGCUGGCCGGCAAGUUCUACCAGUACACCCAGCCACACACCCCCUUUGACGUAGUCGCCUGGCAUGGACGGUAUAGCCCGUACAAGUACGACCUGUCCCACUUCCACCACAUCAGCGCCAACACGGACCAGCUCGACCCCACGGCCUACACCGUCCUCACGGCGCCCUCAAAGUGGCCGGGCGUGAGCCUGGUCGACUUCUGCGUCUUUGGCGAGAAGUACGCAAUCGCCAGGGACACGCUCCGGAUACCGUACCACCACCGCACCAUGGCCACGGAGCUGGUCGGCAUCAUCAAGGGCAAGUACGGCGGCAGCGUGAGGAGGCUCGAGGCGGGCGGCAUGAGCUUCGAGCAGGGCUACAUGCCGCACGGGGAGAGCUACGACUGCUGGCGGCGCGAGUCCGAGCGGGACCUCAAGGUUGAGCUCGGAGGAAAGGACUUCCUGGGCUUCAUGUUCCAUGCGUCCUCGCACGUCGGGCUCACCAGGUGGGCCACGGAACGGCAUCCCGAUAUUCGGCUGGAAGAACCCGCGUUCUGGGAUAAUCUCCGGGCGCCCUUUGCCGACAGGCUCAACCAGGCGAGUCAGGCGCUGGAGACAAUGAAGGCCGCCAACGACGCCGCCAUCCAUGCUGAGCUGACGGCACUGGCCUUCGAGGUCAUGGCUAACCGGAGGAGGCUCAGUGUUAGGAGUGUCACGGACAGUGAAGACGAACACAGUCACGUCCAACCCUCUUUAUGAUUACCGAGAGGGUGUGUACAAACAAACAUGCGCUAAUGAAUGAUAAUGCCGAGGCAAGAAAAGAAUGGGUUCGGUUUGGGUCUGCUAUUGGUUCACGGAGUACUGCAAGGCGCCAGAUUGUGCUUAUGAGCCUGGACAUGCAAUUCGAACAGCCACGAUACCUAUACUGGAUUUAAUACAAGUUUCUGCUUUGAGGAACACUGGUCUAGUACUCCUAACUUCACAUAUGCUGUACAGAAUCAAAGCAUUAUUGACCGCAAUGGUGAGAUGGCACGUUCCUAUAUAUCCCUUCUCCAUGUCAGUCUUGAGGAAUCAUCUAUUUUCGGUCAAUUAUGUUACGCAUUGAUGGAAACUCAAGGUCUUCAAUGCGGCGGCAUAAUGUAUAAACAAACUAGGUUUAGGCAUCUGUUUGCCUGUGAUUGAUUUUUGAGUUUCGACUCUGGUCUGGAUCACGCGCGUCAACCGGCAUUGUCUCUUUGGCAGGCAACGGAGCAACGGAAGUUAUUGAUUCGAGCAAUGAUGUUGACGAGAUCUCGAUGGCGUGCAGCUUUUUUCACACGCUUCACACGAUGCCACGUGCGGCA